AUGAAGCCCAGAGAAACCAAAUCUGCGACACCUGUCCAGCCAAACACUUUUCGAACACACAGUGGCGAUAAACCCAAAAAGCUCACCGAAGUCGAGAAGCUUCAGCUGGACAAUCAGCGCAUGGAAGAGCGGCUCGCGGCCCUGCGCGACUCGUUGGCGAAGCAAAAGGAGAAGCGACAAUCCAUUCUGCUCCUGCGCGGUAGGUCCUUGAAGAGCUAUGCCCAUGACGUGCUCGCGAAGAAGAAUGCCAAUCUGAAGAAGAAAAAGUUUCGCGGCGUGGGCGACGAAGCCGAUCGACACAGCAUCAAGCUCAAGGAGGCCCUCCAGCUCCAAGCCGAGAAGCCGCAGCGGCCGCCAAAGGCCGUUGUUCAGUCAGCAGGCCGGUCGCAGCAAGCCGAGGCACUGACCGGGACAUCAAAGUCCAUCUCGAUCGCACCGGACAUGGGCGAGCCCCACAUGAACCCAGCGACCACAGGCAGAGCCCCGGAUCCGCCGAGGGAGCCGGCACCAAGCGGGCCGCGCAUGUCGUGGCAGCAGCAGGCACAUGCUCUACUCGCAGGAGAGCCCGAGACCCCAUCUCCGAUCGGGGCGGCACUCUCGGCCGAGCAUAUGGGUCCCAAGGCAGGGUUGGCCCAGGGCGGCGACAGCGACAACGGCGGGGGACUAUUGCUCGAAGGGACCUAUGACGAGCGAGCCUCUCGCGAAGAUUUUCGAAAGGCCUUGGAGGAGUGGAGACAGGGCAGCAAAGAGACUCGUCCCACAUCCGAGCCGGGAGAAAACGUAUCAUCCGACAGGCCAGAGUUCCAGUGCACCUCUCAGCAAACAGCCGCCACCGCCUCGUCCAUCGAGGACCUCAAGCACAGACUCGAGUCCGUCUAUCUGUCCAGCAGGUUCGUGCCCGGCAGCGACGCUGGUCACCAGCUCACAGGCCUCUCGUACUAUGACCGAAUCGUUCUCAAGACCCUUCGGCAGACUCAGAGCAACCAAUCCACGGACACAGCGGGGAUACAGACAAUCUCGCCCCUGACUGAGGAUGGAGGUCCGCAAGGCCUGAAAGGCGGCAACGACGACCGAGAUGAACACGGCCAAAGGACCAACAGCCACGUUUAUGGCAUCCUCACCGGUCGUCAAAGCAGUAAGGACGACAGCGGCGCUUAUGUCUAUGGCGACAACAGCAUCCAUGACGACGACGACGACGACGACGACGACGAUGAUGAUGAUGAUGAUGAUGAAACUAUACAACGACUGCUAGCAUACCAGCCCAAGACGUUACCAGCAGCGAGGGAGUACAUCGAAGUGGUGCAGGUCGAGGACGAGGAAGAUAUCGACAAUGUUCCUGUCGUGAAUCUGAGAUUCGAGCGAGCGAUCGUGCACGAGCCAUGAGACGAGGCGCUGUGCUGGCCGGCUGAACGGCAGACAAGUCCUCGGGCAUCGACAUCGCCCC